AUGCGCCUGCUCGCUUCACUCGUUGCCCUCACAGCGGCAGCAGUCUGUCAGCCGUUCGACCCCCUUUCCUUUGUCGACCCAUUGAUCGGGUCUCAGGGCGGCGGCAACGUCUUCGCCGGUGCAACGCUACCCUACGGCCUCGCUAAAGCCGUCGCCGACGUCGAUGGAGAAAAGACGGGCGGCUUCGCCACCGAUGGCAGUAACAUUACCGGCUUCAGCAUCGUCCAUGACAGCGGAACAGGAGGGAACCCCAGCCUCGGCAAUUUCCCGCUGUUCCCGCAGGUCUGCCCCGGCGACGAGCUCAACAACUGUCGCUUCCGGAUCGGGGACCGCGCGACGCAGUAUAAUCUGAAUAAGACCGUCGCCGAGCCAGGGUAUUUCUCCGUCGAGAUGGCGUCGGGCGUGAAGACCGAUAUGACCGUGUCCGAACAUGCGGCGCUCAUGCGGUUCACGUUUCCGAGCGGGAAUGAGCACCCGCUCAUCAUGUUGGAUCUGACGGAUCUCUGGGCCAGUCGACAGAAUGCUUCUGUCAAGGUCGAUACUCCCACUGGCCGAAUGGUUGGCAAUGGGACCUUUUUGCCAAGCUUUGGCGCCGGGUCGUAUGCGCUUCACUACUGCGUCGACUUCUUCGGGGCCAAAGUCUUCGACACCGGGGUCUGGGUCAAUAACCGCGCCGGCAACGAGCCCAAGGAGCUCUUCGUCACCCGAGGUUUCAACAUGUUCUACCUUGAAGGCGGCGGCUUCGUUCGCUUCGAGGAACUGACUAACAACACCGUCACCACCAGGGUGGGCGUGUCAUUUAAGAGCAGCGACCAGGCAUGCCGAAAUGCCGACAAGGAGAUUCCUGAUCCGAUGAACAACUUCGACUCGCUUGUCAGUACGGCCAAGGAUGCCUGGAGGGAGAAGCUAGACUCUGUGUCGAUCAAGGCAGGCGGUGCGACGGAAGAUCUCCAAAGGAGUUUCUGGAGCGGCUUGUAUCGCAACAUGAUCUCGCCCCAGAACUACACUGGCGAGAAUCCGUAUUGGGAUAGUGGUGUCCCGUAUUUUGACUCGUUCUACUGCAUGUGGGACAGCUUCCGCGCCCAACACCCACUACUCACUGUGAUCGACCCAGUUGCUCAAACGCAGAUGGUCAAUUCAAUGCUCGACAUAUACAAGCACGAAGGCUGGCUGCCGGACUGUCGUAUGUCCAUGUGCAAAGGCUGGACGCAAGGCGGUUCCAACGCCGACGUGGUCCUUGUUGACGCCUACGUCAAGAACCUGACCUCUAUAGACUGGAAUCUAGCCCUCGAAGCCAUCACUAAAGACGCCGAGGACGAGCCCCGAGAGUGGUCAUACGAGGGCCGUGGUGGACUCACAAGCUGGAAGAACCUCAACUAUAUCCCUUACCUGGACUUCGACCCCGUCGGCUUCGGGACGAACUCGAGGAGCGUGUCGAGGACCUUGGAGUAUUCUUACAAUGACUACUGUCUCGCGACGCUGGCUCGGGGUCUGAGAGAGGAUACGCUUCACGACAAGUAUAUGACGCGAAGCAUGAACUGGCAAAACCUGUGGAAGCCCGACCAGAAGUCUCUGAUCAAUGGAGCCGACACCAAUUUUACCGGUUUCUUCCAACCAAAGUACAUGAACGGGACGUGGGGUUUUCAAGACCCAAUAGCUUGCUCGAAUCUUGCCGGGUUUUGCUCAUUGACAUCAAACCCGAGCGAGACUUUCGAGGCGAGCAUCUGGCAAUACCAAUUCACUGUGCCGCAUGCAACCUCGACCCUGAUUGAUAUGAUGGGCGGCGACGAUGCCUUCAUCUCCCGCCUCAACUACUUCCACGCCUCGCCCCUGGCCGACAUCUCCAACGAGCCCGUGUUUCUUACUGUCUACCUCUACCACUAUGCCGGCCGCCCUGGCCUCUCGGCGCAGCGGAUUCACAAGUACAUCCCUUCGUCCUUCAACUCCACGCACGGCGGCCUGCCCGGGAACGACGACUCGGGCGCCAUGGGCGCCUUCCUCUCGUUUUCUGUGAUGGGGUUGUUUCCUGUGGCAGGGCAGAAUGUGUAUCUCAUCACGCCGCCGUUCUUUGAGGAGGUUACUGUCAAGAGUCCCACGACGGGGAAGAACGCGACGGUGAAGUGUGUUGGGUUUGAUGCGGCAUACAAGAACAUCUACGUGCAGAGCGCCAAACUGGACGGCGAGACGUACAACAGGAGCUGGAUUAGCCACGACUUUUUCACCCAGGGCAAGACGUUGGAGUUGACGUUGGGGAACGAGGAGUCGGAAUGGGGAAAGAGUAAAGAGGCGAGGCCUCCGAGCUAUGUCGCUGGGUCGAGAUUGUGA